CAACAUAAUUAUCCAUCACGCUGAAAAUGUCUUUUUGGGGGGAGGAGACGGCUCCGUGAAUACAAUGAAUGUUGGUCGAGGGAAAUCGCCUCCGGGGACAGCAACCCCACGGCCUUCAGAAAUACCACUUCCACCGUCUGGAAAAACCCCAGUUCAUGAUCCAAAGUCGCCCUCACCUUCGCCAGGGUUUUCACCACCGUGUAUGGAAAGAAGUGACAUGGGUGCUGAUUCAAAUGGUGUGCCGCAACAAGGAAUUGAGAAGAAUGAGUCAGUAGUCGUUGAUUCCAGGCCAAAUGAGGUACCAGGGGUGGAGUCUGAUAAAGAUGUAAGAUUGCCCAUCCAAGAGGCACCUGCUGCAGAGCAUGCUUCCCUAAGUGAGAUGGAAAAAAUGAAAGAAAGACCGGAACAAGAAUCAGGUUUUCCUAUAAAAAGCACAGGCAAUCCUCCCGUUUCUGGCGAUGAAUCCUUGCCGUCUGAUAAGGAUGCUAGGAAACCUACGCAAGAAACGCCAGAGGCGCAAAAAUCUCCCGAAUCGUUCGAGUUUGAAAACAUGAAGGAAAGGCCGGUACAAGAAUCAAAGAACGCCAUCUCUGAUUCGUCAGGUAAAGAGGCGAGAAGACCUACGCAAGAGUCACCCGAAGCAGAGAAAUUAUCUCCUGGUUCAAGCAAAGAGGAGAUCAUGAAAGAAAAGCCGAUCCAAGAGUUAGCAGACGAGAAACGUUCGGAAGAAACAGCUGUGCAGGAAAGCGAAGAAACUCCAAAGAAGGAGGACGAGUCAAAGGGUCACCCUGUCAGGCAUGUUUACCAAGAAGGUGACUUGAAAGAACUCACGAAGGAAACCCUCGCUCAAGAAACGAUAAACCAAUCUGGUGAGGAAACAAAAGACCAGAGCCCUGAACACAUUGUCCAGGAAACCCAGAGGCCUAAUAAAGUGAAAGAAGAAGGCGAAGACUCGGAACCUCUCAAAGAUGACGAGUACUCUGACGAAAAGCCGCUCAAAGCAAGCGCCAGGUGUGGGACAGAAAGCAAAGAUAGCCCGGAGGAAGCUUUACCGACUCAAGAGACCAUGGCCGCAGGGAAAGGGCCUUUUGAAGAGACUGGGCUGGAGGUUGGCGUCAAGGGCCAUCCUACAGACUAAAGAGAGGACCAGUUACGGAGCUACCUUGGAUAAUGAUUGAAAGGAACGGUUUUAGAAAAAAAGCUAGCGUAUAGUGUACCCAUAGAAGAUAUCAAGUUGUAUUCAACUUCAAUUCGGCCCUAGCAUUCUUAGUAUGUAAUACGAGUAAAACUUUUAAUUUUUUCUAUUGUAUGAAUGAAGCAAUUUCUACGGAGUUUUUCUCCUGGUGAGUUUUAGUUUGAAUCUCAAUUGCAGUUUGCUCAUGUAAACUACUGUUUUCCACUGAUUGGGACAUAGUGAGCGAGCUAUAAUAGAUAUUGCUCCUCUGUAAACCACGUUAAAGGACUACAUCUUGUCAUUUUAUGGAUUGUGCUGUUUCUUAUGCAGACUCCAAAAUUUCCAUUACGUUUUUUGAAAUAAGAACGGUAGAGUUGUUUAGAACGGGUGCGUUCGUUUUUUUUUAAAAAAAACGUGAUACUUCAGUGGUAGUAUGAAGGCUCACGUAAUUAAUCCUUUACACUGAGUGAUAUUCGUGAAAUUGUGAAAGAAUUGUCCGGUAUCAUUUUUAGUGUAAAUAAAUUAAAUACAAAUCGUUUACACAAAUUU